AUGGAGACCCUCGACGGCGAGAAAGAAAUAACUACCUGGAUCUACCGGGAAUCUUUUGGGUUCCAGGAGCGGGCAGUUCGGAAUGGAGUCAUUAUGGAGGGACUGAAUGUCCGCACCCGCGGACCGUUUGGCGUCCAGCGCGCAUUCGAAGACAAUCCCAACCACGGCAAUUACCGUGGAAACCCCAACAGCACCGCGAAUCAAUCCGCCAACAUCGGCGAACACGACAGCACCCCCGUCUACGUGACAAACUUGCCACCCGACUGCGAUGUCAAAAAGUUGCUAGCCUCAAGCAGAUCCAACCCCCAGGCAAUGGCCGGAAUUUGGAUCUAUCGAGAUCCCUUCGGUUUUCGAGACAGGAUUGUCCGGGAUGGAGUGAUCAUGGAGCACUUGCCUGCACGCACGAGAGGACCUGUCGGCGUCCAAUUCGUUCCAUUCGAGACGCCUCUGCAACAGGCCAUGCACCAUCCCCGAAGCCUUUCGAUCACAGCGACCGAAGCUACUCCCCAAGAUGACAGCGAAGCGGCCGGCAAAGAGUCAGUCGUCCCCCAGACCAGCAACUACCAAGGAAAUCCCGAUAAUCCCGCCAAUCAAUCCGCGGAUAUCCCUUACGAACAGAGCACCUCGGUGUACAUCAUCAACUUGCCCCCCGACUGUACCGUCCGAAUGCUACUGGCCACGAUUCGCGGCAAGGGCAAAGUCUACAGAUGCAAUGUCACCGCGCCGAGCGGCACUCACCGAACAGCCGCUGCAAAAAUUGUUUUCUGGAACCGCAUUGCGGUGGAUCGACUCUUUGAACAAUUGCAGAAGGGAGAGUGGCUGGUCGCGGCCGCCGCCCUCUCCUGCGCCUCAACAGAAUUAAGACGCAACAGCAGCCACGGUCAAUGA